AUGCACCCAUCACCACUGGCAAGGUGUACGGCGUGUCGGGUGUCGGUGCUCGAGGCCUUCACGUCGCUAGUUGCCGGCGUUUCGAUCCCGGCGGCGCGAGGAGUGACAGCAAGGCAACGACUGCCAUUGUCCUCGUCACCUGCACCUUGCAAGCCGCACCUCGUCCAGGGCCAGGGCUCGGGCUCGGGCUCUUUGUCUACAAGGCCGUUCAGCAGUCUCGCGGCGCGGCCUCAGGAGUCUGCACAGACGCAGGCGCAGUCUUCCAUUGAGUUCUCUACAGAAUCGUCGGCGUCGGCGUCGGCGCAAGAUCCUUCUCCUUCAUUGUCUGAACCAGCUUCCGCCGACGCCUCAGAUCCUUCUCCUUCAGCAUCGUCUGAACCACCUUCCGCCGACGCCUCAGCCCCCAUACCAUGGUACCUCCAGGUCGAAGAACCGGCACCACCCGCCCCAGUGUCGCCGCUCCUUACUCUCCAAGAGAUCCCGCCUCUACCAUUGGACCCGCCGGCGAUUCUUCAGCCGAUCCUUGAACAUCUGUCGGUACAAAUCGGCCUGGACAAUCUCGUACUGCUGGACCUGCGCCACCUCGACCCUCCUCCGGCGCUGGGCGCCAAUCUGAUCAUGGUGAUCGGCACGGCGCGCAGCGUCAAGCAUCUCAACGUCUCGGCCGACCGCUUCUGCCGCUGGGUGCGCAAGGAGUAUAAGUUGCGCCCGUACGCGGAUGGGCUGCUGGGCCGCAACGAGCUGAAGCUCAAACUGCGCCGGAAGGCUCGAAAGCUGAAACUCGCCCAGAGCGUGGGAAACACCAUGGUAGCCAAGGACGCCGAUGACGGCAUCACCACAGGGUGGAUUUGUGUCAAUGUCGGCGCGGUCGACCAGGCCGUUCUUCCAGACCAAAUUGGCCAAGGUGAAGAUGCAGCGGUGGCGGUAGUUGAUCAAGAUCUCUCCUCGGUCGAGGUGCAACGUGAGGCUGAGGCUGAGGCUGAGGCUGAGGGCGACGAGGAAGAAGCCGACGAAAAAGAAGAGGAUGACCAGGAGGAAGAAUAUCAGAACCCGUCAGACUCCGAGUAUGUCGGGUUCGGCAGCAGACCCAACUCGCCCCGCAUCGUGGUGCAGAUGUUCACCGAGGAGAAGAGGAUCGAGAUGGAUCUGGAGGGUCUGUGGCAUGCGCGCAACACUCGUCACGCCCGGCGCCACCAGAGAGCCGAUGCAGAGGCUCACCAGAGAGUCCAUGCAGAGGCUGACUCUGUGCGGGGGAGAAUCAUGGAUGAGCAGUAG